AUGGAUUUUCAAGAUUGUCGGUCACAGUGCUACGAUAAUGCUGCUGUAAUGGCUGGGCACAAAAAUGGCGUGAAUGAAAAACUGACAGAAAUAAAUAGACGUGCAUUGUUUGUAAACUGUGACAAUCACUCACUCAACUUAGUUGGUGUACAUGUAGCAAAACAAAAUGUAACAAUGGUCACUUUUUUUGGAACGAUCGAAAGUCUAUAUGCAUUUUUUUCUCGUUCAACAAGCCGUUGGGAAAAACUUAAGGAAGCUAUACCAGUUGUCAUCAAGUCCAAAUCUGAAACCAGAUGGAGCGCAAACGUAGAAGCAAUAAAGCCAGUUAACAAUUAUUUGGAGAAAAUUCUGGGAGUUCUUGAAGAAAUGACCGAAGACAAGAAUCAAACAAGUGAAACAAGGAGUGAUGCCCAGCAACUAUUCAACCGAAUGUUGAAGUAUGAUUUCUUGAUUUUGCUGGGAUUUUGGAAUAAAGUAUCAUCCGCAUUGACCGCGUUCAGAAGAGGCUGCAAGAUCCCACGAUGA